ACUCUCAACGCGGGCGGUUGUCGAACGUCCGUGCCAUAUCAUCCCUAUCGAGAUUGUGGAGCUUGCUGCGCGCCAAAAGUCCAAAAAGUGAAGAAAACGCAGAGCAUACAAAGUUGAAGAAACCAAAAAUAAAUAUGUGAGUGCCGCGAGUGUGUGUGCAUUUAUUUUUAAGCGACGGCCCGAAGGCAAAUGUGAAGUGUAAGAGCGAGAAAUAUAAAUUAUAUCAAAACGAAAAUAGCUCCGCACCGGCGAAGGAAAAAGCGAGAGAGGGCGAGCGAAUUAGCACGCAACAUUUGACGAAAUGGGAGCGACACCGAAAACAGACUUUCUGGCCCACUGGCUGCUGUUGAUCCUUUUCGGUCUGGGCUCCUCCAUCGUUUUGGGAGCGAGUGCCGCCAGUUCUUAUGGGGCCUCCUUCAUCUCGAACCCCUCGAUUUACGCCUACAGUGUGGAAAGUCAGCCGGAAAAGCUGCAGAGCAGAGACAACAUCAAGUUUGCCGACGAGAAUGGCAAUCUGAAUUCCAAUUCCAAUCUGAAUCGUAAUUACUACUACACCGAUGAUCCCAGUCCCAAUUCGAAUUUGAAUGCUAAUCCAACGGCCUCCCUGGCCACGCCCCCUGCCACCCAGCCCGCCCCCCAAACGGGCUGCACCUUGGAUCGCCUGGCAGUCUACAAGGUUGUCUUGCACACCUAUUGGACCCGCGAACUCUUCCCCAAACAUUAUCCCGACUGGCGACCCACCGCCCAGUGGACCAAGACGUUAGGUCGCACCCACAACGCCAACUAUGCACUGUACCACAUCGGACAGCCGGCGACGGCGGCUGUCAAACAGUUUGCGGAAUCCGGGCGAACGGAUCUCCUGGACAGCAGCGCCGGCGAGCAGCAGCAGCAGCAGAUGCAGCUACAGAUGCUGACGGGAAUAUCCCCGCCAGGUGCAACCAGCAGCAGCAGCACCACUACUUUUAACACCACAUCUACCAGCGGUGGUGGCACCACCAGCAGUACCACCAACAACAAUGAACGCAGCGUGUUCGACGAGUUCAGCAUGCCGGCGAUUCCAUUGGGCGCCGGACGCAGCGAGGCGAAAGUGUUUGUCGACAGCAAUCACAGUCUGGUCUCGCUAAUGACACGCAUUGUUCCCUCGCCGGAUUGGUUCAUCGGCGUGGACUCGUUCGAGCUCUGCGUGGGUGGCUCCUGGAUCGAUACGGUGACCGUUGAGCUGGAUCCUUUGGAUGCGGGCACGGAUAAUGGGUUCACCUUCACGGCGCCCAAUUGGCCAACGGCUCCUCAGGGCGUCAUCUACCGGAUCACCUCGCGUUAUCCUGCCCAUCCUGCGGGCAGCUUUUACUACCCGAAGAGCAAGCGAUUGCCGCCCAUCGCCACGUUUCAGUUUAUCAAGCUGAAGGAGUACGAGCUGAGCGAGGUGUUCAACAUCGCCGAGGACGAUCGCAAGUACGAGACGGUCCAGACCCAGACCCACCUGGACGCGGAGCACAAUCACGUCGAGAUGAACAACGAGCUCUCCGCCAGCAUCGAGCGGGAGCGCCAGACGGAGCAGCAGCAGCUGCAGCAGUUCGACGACGAGCGACAGCGCAUCCGUUCCCAGCUGCUGGCCAAGAUGAAUCCCAACUACAGCAACAACAUGAGCCUGCAGCCCGGCCAGAACGGAGCUGGCCAGGUGGUCAGCGUGGUGCCGAAGAACGACAAGCAUGCGAUCCUGCAGAGCAUCGCCAGCAGCUAUCGGCGUGCCACAGAUGCCAGCAAUUUAAACGCCUCCAGUCCGACGGCCUCGCUAUCGCCGCUGCCCGCGGGUGGCAAGGUCGGUGGCGCUGGGGGUGGUGCUGGUGGGGGAGGUGGAGGUGGCGUUGGUGGUGGUGCCACCCGCAGGCGGAGCUCGCAACAGCGACGCCGCGACUGCCGCGUGAGCCACUGGUCCGAGUGGACGGCCUGCAGCAAGAGCUGCGGCAUCGGCGAGAUGCAUCGCAACCGCAAGGUCAUCAAGCACGGCAAAAGGGGCGGACGACCCUGCCCCGCGCUCCAGCAAUCGAAGUGGUGCGGCUCCGAGCGCAACUGUCACGGGUCGCAGACCUAUUUUAAUUGGUCCGAUUCCGACACAUGAACGAGCCAUUUGGAGGAGGCACAGGCGAUAUAAAUAUAAUUUUAAUUUAAGGCGUAAGAAUUGCUUUUUCUGUGUGAACAAGAAAGACCAGCAAGGCCAUGAGGAGUGUGGAUCAUCCCGCAAUGAGAUUUUAAUUUAAACUUAGAUUAUCAUACGAAAUUGGUUUUAAAGCAGCCGGCAAAUGCAGAGACAUCAAUGGAUUGUGGAAUAAAUUGGAGGCGACGAUGGGGAAGACUACUGACAAUAUUUAAAACACAAAAAGGAUUUAGACAGAGGACAAAAAGGAUUGCAGCCAUCCGUCUGGCGGAUGUCUUUCUAAAAGUUUUUAUGUUUAUGCGUUCACUUUGGUUUAGAUUUGACCUUUUGUUGCUUUAGCUCUAAAUAAUAUGUAAAAAAAUCAUCAUAAAAUAUUAAAACUGAAACAAAAAAAAACAUUGAACAGUAGACGUACAAAGUUUAGAAAGCAAAUCAAAGUAAACAAGAAGCGUGAACAUUUGCAUACCCAAACAAGGAAAAUGGAAACAAAACCAAAUGAAAAACCAAACACAACACACUCGAACCUAUAAGCGUGGAGCCAGAGUGUGUUGUUCAGCAACUAAGCUAAUAUUAGAUGUAAACUAAGCUAACUAAUAACUUUAAAUGGAUUGCAAUAAAAGUCAACCCCCAAAAGAAAAA